UGAAAUGGUGGUCAUGUGCUUUGCUGUGGCAUGAACCUCGAUGACGAGUGGACUGUGGAAAGCUGGGGCUGGACAGUGCUCUCCAGUUAUUCGUGGUCGGUGUCGGAGCAGGAGCUGGAGCUGGACCAGAGUAGUGUGUGUUGGCCGGUACAGCAGGAGGCCCCCAGCAGCAGCAGCAGCAGCAUCAUGUCUCGCCGCAGCCUGCGCCUGCACUCGGGCCCCGGGCUCUACGCGGACGAGGGCCCCCUGGUGGACCGGCACAGCAUGUCCCUGAACAUAGGAGUGGGCAGAGACGACAGGUCUAAGGGCAGGCGUUCCCAUCGUCCUAUGAAUGGUGUCCAGUCGCUGCUGGUGACGCCCCAGAAGUCCCAGUGUGGCUCCGCCCCCGGCAACACCAGCCUGCUCAGCUGUGCCCCUAGCGACGCCUCCCUGCUCUCCUCCCUCAUAGACGAGUCUUGCAUACAGGAGAACACACACAUGGACAGCUUCUGGGGUCUGGAUGGCGAGGGUGAAAACCAGCUGGAUCAAACCAUCCUGGCAGGUGGCGGUGACGUCAUGACUGCGCAGACACAGACGUCGGUGAUGAAGGGCGUGACGUGUCGAGACUGCAGUUUCCAGGAGACCUCCGCCACCUCUACCUCCACCGCCACCUCCACGCACCCUUCCUCCCACAGACACGCCCCCUCUUCCUUCCAUAGACACGCCUCUUCCUCUUCGUCCUCCAAGCCGCCCGCCCCUUCCUCAUACAGACAGCCUGGCUACUUGGCGGCGGCCUCCUCCUCCUCGUCUGCUGCUCACCAUUACACCUCGUCCUCGUCUGCUGCUGCUGCUGCGGGUGGUGGUGUGGCGCCCCCUCAUGGCACCACAGUGUACAGCAGGGACAAGGCCCGCAAACAGCGCCCUGGCGUCUUGCUGACGGUGUCUGAGGUGUGUGUUGCGUACGGCAGGCGAGCCGCAGCGUCUGUGGCGUGUGUACUCUCUCUGCUCGCACACGCGUUACUGCAGCGGAGCCCUGCUCAGGGCAAAGAUGAGCGGUCCUCCUCAGUGGCUCAGGCGUGUGUGCGGGCCUGUAGGAGAGCUUGGCUCUCUGCACUGAGGGCUUCAGGACCCGUCCUCACUGCUCUCCGCCACAGGGUGGCGCUCUCCGUCUCUCGCUUGCACGCCGUCUGUGCCGCCCGAAUGGCCCGUGGUAAAGCGGAUUGGAGGUACUGCGCCACUAGCAUGAACGGCGAUGGACACGCGGAACACGAUGGUCACGGAGAUGCAGGUGCCUCGUUAUCCAAGGGCUCGUGGUCCGCAUGGAAGCAGCUGCUCGGCCUCAUGUGGCUGGUCAGGGACUUCCUGGUUUUACGGUGCCUUCCCAACCUGUACAGACUCCUCCUCUUACUUCUACCCCUCCUCCUACUUGUGGUCUUCUGCUAUUGUAGCCCGGCCUCCCUAUGGGCCGUACUGCCAGUGGUCAACAUGACCAAUUGGAGGGCGAGUUCACUCCUUCAUCCCGCCCACUGGGAUACGCCAUUGGAAGAGGCCAGCGCCAGUCAUCAUUAUGCCCCACCUCCCCCAUCACCUGCACACCAGCCCUCCACUUCUCCUCCUCCUCCACCUGUGGUAGAUCCAGAGCGUGUGGUGCGUAUGGACCGUGUGGAGCGCUCCCUGGCCCAGCUGUGGGAGCGAGUGGCGCGGGGGGAGCAGAGGCAGCAGCAGCAGAACGCCGAGCUGCUGGCACUCUACCGCCCCCUACAGGAGCGGGUGGAGACCAUGGAGCGUGCGGAUGGGGGAGCCAUUGGGGGAGAGGCAGAGAUGUCUCAGCUGAGCUCAGAGCUGAAGCAGUGGACUGAGGCCCUGGUGGAGCAGAGACUACAGCCCCUACACGAGGAGAUGGAGAGGAGCACACACAACAACACACAGCAUCAUCAGCGGUUGGUCUCCCAGCAGCAGGGCUAUCAGACCCGCAUGGUCCAGCUAGAGGCCUUACUGGAAGCCUUGGCACACAAGACAGAGGAUGUUCAGAAGGCACAAGAGUCCAUGCCAGCUCCUAUCAUUGAUGCUGUGGACAAGGCCUCCCAUGAGGCUUUGCUGCAGGAGGUGCAGAGGCUGGAGGCCGCGCUGGCCAACAUCAGAGAAGACCUGCAAGGCAUCAUGGGAUGCCAGGGACGCUGCCAACACCUGGACAACAUCCCCAACAUGGUGUCUGCACAGGUGAAGGCGGAGCUCCACGCCCUCUUCUACGGCUCCGAUGGCGAUGUGGAGGUCGGUGCAGUGCCCGACUCGCUCCUCCCCUGGCUGUCCGCCCGCUUCGUCACCGGCUCGGACCUGCGCGCGUCGCUGGCGGAGCUGGAACAGGGCAUCCUGGGUAACGUGUCUCGACUGGUGGCCCAGAGCGAGAGGAGGCAGCAGCAGGCCAUCAACGCCCGCAGCCUGAGGGCCAGCGUGGGGCACGCCACCAGCGGCACCGGCCUCUCCGAAGAGCAUGUGGAGUUGAUUGUGAAGAAUGCUCUGAAGCUCUACUCUCAGGACCGCACGGGCAUGGUGGACUAUGCCCUGGAAUCUGGAGGUGGCAGCAUCCUCAGCACGCGCUGCUCUGAGACGUUUGAGACCCAGACGGCCCUGAUGAGCCUGUUUGGCAUCCCCCUGUGGUACUUCACCCAAUCACCACGCGUCGUCAUCCAGCCUGAUGUCCAGCCGGGAAAGUGCUGGGCGUUUAAGGGUUCCCAUGGUUACCUGGUGAUGCGGCUGUCCACCCGUGUGCUGCCCACCGCCUUCUCCCUGGAACACAUCCCCAAGACGCUCUCGCCCUCAGGACACAUCAACAGCGCUCCCAAAGACUACGCCGUCUAUGGUCUGGAGCAUGAGCGUGAGGAGCAGGGGAAGCUGUUGGGCCGCUACACAUACCAGGAGGACGGAGACGCCCUGCAGACCAACACAGUCAUGGAGGAGAACGAUCAGCUGUUCCAGAUCAUUGAGCUGCGCGUGCUGAGCAACUGGGGAAACCCGGAGUACACCUGUCUAUACCGCUUUAGAGUACACGGACAACCCAGCACACAGUGAACACACACACACACACACACACACACACACACACACACACACACACACACACACACACACACACACACA